AUGAUCCAUUAUGAAUUGAUGCUCUUAUUGAGAGUAAUGCCAAAGACAGAAUUGAAGACAGUGUUGAAAAGGACUGCUAAUAUGAUUUUCGAAAAGGGAGGAAUUAUUAGAAAACUGGAAAAUCUUGGUACUAGAGAUAUGCCUUAUAAGACUAGUGUACAUGGGGUAGUUUACAAUAAAGCAAGUUACUUCUUAUAUGAAUUUAAUGUCCCACCAACUUCAAUAGAUCAACUACUGGAUGAGUAUGGCAGAGACAUUGAUAUCAUAAGAAGAAGAAUAUACAAAAAAAUAGAACCAGAGCAAUUUGAAUGCACUUUAGAUGAUGAAUUGAAACCCCCACCAUACCGCAAAGACGUAUUGGCUCUUGUUGAACAGUCUAAAAAAGGCGAUAAACCUAAAUUCAAAUACAAUACUGGGUUGGACUACUACCCCUUCCAAAAAUAG